AUGGACGCCAUUUUCGGCAACAUAGUCCUGGACAGACUGCUUUCACAGCCAUUGGUAUUUGGCCUAGGAGUCCUCGGCGUUGUGCUUGUUGUCCUGAGCAUCAGUGUUCGUGGUCUUCAGCGGAGGUACGCCUUCUGUAACGACCAGGCCAAACUCAUCAAAGAGCUCAAGAUCACUGAUCUUCGUCUCAAACUGCUACAAAGUGCACACAUCUCGCAGCAGGGUCGAGCCUUAGCAGGCACCGAACCGUACCUCAUCACCUGUGGAAAAUACCAGGAACUGGUCAUUAGUCAACCAGCACACGUUCACGACUUUUACCGCAGCGACUACAAAGUUCAUGGAAAACCGCGCAACUUCAAUUUUGGCGGCUUGUUCGGCCGAUUUAUGGGGACAGCCGUAGGACUUCGAUUCGGCGAUGGGUGGCGAAAGAUCCGCCUGCAUUUCGAUCCCCCGUUCAAGUUUCACGAAGCAGUACGCCGCCUUGGAAUUUUUCAACGAGAGACUGUACUCUGGGUCGGAGAGCUGUCCACCUCAUCAUCCACCGAUCUCAAUGCUAGAUCAGAAUUCAAGUUCCUGGUUUUCCGGCUCGUCGCGCACCAUCUAUAUCGAGACGCUUUUGAUGAUCGACUCUAUUGGCAGUUGCUCGAGCUCAGCCACUUGCACGAUCAAGCUGUCCAUGAAAUUCUGAUCUGUAAGAGCCAUGAAUCAAGAUAUUGGACCUUAUUUCCGACAUCAGUCCGCAAAUCUGUGGACAAGUUCCUGUCGGACUGGCGGGGUCUCAAUCGAGCCGUCAUUCACAACGCUCGGGGUGGCAAGUGGGAUUGCCCGGUUGAAGAAAUCGCUCGCGGCUUCGAUCCGUCGAAGGAUAUGACGGAGGAAGAUUUCCUGUCAACACUUGGCGAGGUGCUUUUUGCCAACGUCGAUGUCAGCGCCUCCGUCUUGAGCACGACCAUGACAAACCUCGCCGCGAACCCGUCAAUCCAGACUGAACUUCGAUCUGAGAUCAGUAAAUGGAAGUCACAAGGCGAGGGAGGUUUCUCCAAGUACCUGACCAACAGCGGCACCCUCCUGCACCGGGUCAUCAUGGAAAGCAUGCGACUGAGCCCGGCGUUUUGGUUCUCCAUGCCCGAAACCACAGGCGAAGCCAAACAGAUCGGCGGAUACCACGUCCCGGCCAACACAACCGUCAUCAUCGACAAUCGACGCCUCAACGAAGAAGCCGUGACCUGGGGAGACGAUGGCGCACAAUAUCGCCCGGAUCGGUUCCUGGAAGUGGCCCCUCAAGCGUUGCGAUGCGGCUUUAUGCGCUAUGGCACGAGCGCGGCUUCUGGUCGCUGCUUGGGCAAACAUCUCGCAGAUCUGAUUUUCAAGUUGACGACCGUGGCUGUUGUCGAGCGUUUCCGGUUGGAGAGUCUGGGUGUCGGCGAGAAGCAGCUAGGAUUUCAGAAUCGGGAUGCUGCUGAUGUACGGUUGAUUAAAAUCUGA